UCCUGCUUUCCAAAACUUAAUGGCCUUACACGUUAAGAAAGACAACGUUUAUCCACGAAUGUGUAAAUGGGAGUGCAAGCACAAGCCGAAGUUGUUCUACCAGGCGGUGAAAAAUUUAGAAUCCACUCAGCAGUUGUGGGCACACCACAUCUUGGAGCCCACCCCGGAGGAGGAAGAAAUGCCAUAUUGGGUUGACAUAACUGUCUCUCUAUCUAAGGGACAUCAGUACGUUCCAAUAUGGCAUUUGAAGGAUCGAGUUGCAGGAGGUGUCCAUUUAAGAGAGAAAAGGAGAGCAUUGAAGCAGAAAAGAGCUAAUGAUGGCGUUAAGCGGAGGCACAUUGACAUAUCUGGAGAGGACAACCAGUCAUGCCCUCAUUUGGUGGACGACGAGGUCGAUGUCACUCCAGCUGCUCAAUCUCAGAGGCACAUGCCGCCCCCUCCUCAGACGCACACAGCAUCCCCAACAACAUCAGUUGCCCGUUGUCGUACAUCAGCACGAGUGCCACCUCAUCGCUUUGUUCACAUCGCCCAAUCGUCGUUGCGAAGGGGGACGGUAAAUGACGAUUUGGUCAGAAUGCGUGACUUGAGACGAGCUGCGGGCAAACUGAGGCGACUAUGGAAGAAGGACAUGCAAUCAAUAGAGGACCGGCUAAGGCAGGAGUGGAAAAAGGACAUGCAGUCACUGGAGGACCGGCUUUUACAUCGGCUUCUCAAUUUCUCAGCAGUCACUAAAGGUGGCUUUACCGGUCCACACGAUGGAACACCCAACGAUGAUGGCAAUACCCACGGGGUUCAUGGCAGUGGUGACGGUGUUGAUGGUGAUAGUGGUGGCAACGAGCAACCAGACAAGGUCUGUGAUAUAUGUGGUGAUGUUGGCUUUCAAGAACUGAUUAUAACUUGCUCCCAAUGCUCUAUCGGGCAUCACAAGUAUUGCAAGCAGGCUCUAGCGAUGGAUGCGCUUGAAGAUUGGGUUUGUGAAGCAUGUCUGAAAGCAGUACCUUCACACUCGACAUGAUAGCAUCCAGACUUGGAAGCUAAAAGCAGAAGGCAAGGGCCAGAGCCUAUGUAUAUAUUUGAUUCAGUACAAAUUUUGCAUAGAUGAUUAAUAUAAGGUGGAUCACUGUAUCAUGGCUGUCAAUUCACGACCCCACUACAAGCAAUAUAUUUGUUCCAACUGUCAAAAAUGGAUGUGGAAAGCUUCUGCAACUUCUACAAUUGAGAAUCAUGUUGUUCAUAUUGUUUGUAAGCUGAACACAAAUGAAAAUCAGCCUUUUUUGUAUUUCUUAGAUAUGAAAAACAGUGUCUGCUGACU